AUGGACCGUUCCCGACGUUCUCGGUCCUAUGAGGAUCACGGCCUCGAAUGUGGGAAGCUCAUGCACAUGGACACGUUCGGAGAAGGCUUGCAAGCGAUCUUCCACCGACAGGGUAAGACAUUUCCAUGGAAGACCAACUUCAGCCUCGACAGGUGCGUGAUCGUAGUCUUGGAGUACGUCCACAGCUACGAAUACAUGCACGCCCACGCCGACAUCAAGGCGUCCUGCCUGCUACUCGGUUUUGGCAAAUGCAAUGAAAAGAAGGUGUACCUGGUAACCUUUGGUUUGGCUAGUCGGUGCUCGCAAAACGGCGAAAACGAGGAAUACAACGUCGAUCUCCGGAAGGCACUCGACGGCACCUUUUCUGCCGCGAGUCCAGAUGGCGACGUUCGUUCACACUCAGGAAGAGGUGGCAGGGAAAUCCUAGGACGCACGGUGCUCCAAUGGCUUUGUUGCCGACUGCUCUGGCAGGUCCUCCUCAAGGACUCCGAGAACAGCCCACUCAUGGAAAACAUCCCCCUGCUAAUGAUCAAACGUUUUCCACACGGGGACAUUCCAUGUGGCAUCACAAAGUUCCUCCAGUACGCGGCUUCCAUGAAAUUUGAGGACAAGCCAGAUUACAAACAGCUAAGCAAGGAUCUCGAAGAAGGGUGUCCAGACAAUGUAUUUCAAGUCCGAUGGCUGGUUACAUUUCAUGGCGCCGAAGACACCGCGGCGCAACUAGUUCUUGCCAAAGAAGCCCGUGCUGCAAGAAACAAUCCUCGCCGAGGACAGCAUGGACGCGAAAGGGGACGAGAGCGUCGGGAAAAAGCCACCGCAAGCCAAGGUCCACCACGGCCGGAAGACGACGAUCCGGAAAAAACGCCGGACGCCCGCUUUUACCAAGUCCACCUCGGGGUUUGA